AUGAACAUUUCAACGCUAUCACAUGAUGUCAUUGAUGAAAAUAAAGAGAGUCCAACGUAUGGUCAACCUGUUAAAAAAGAUUAUUUGCUAAUAGAAUUAUGUGACACUGGCCUUGGCAUUGAUCCAGAAUUUAUUGAACAUAUUUGGGAGAGUUUUUCCAAAGGUGACACGUCAUUAACCAGGAAACAAGAUGGUACAGGACUUGGACUUUCAAUUUGUAAAAAUUUAGUAGCAAUUAAUGGAGGAGAAAUUAAAGUAGAAAGUAAAUUAAGACAAGGAAGUAAAUUUUGGCUUAAAUGGAAUAUUGAAUUAAUAGAAAAUUUAUCAAAAUAUCAAGAAAAAUUUCAUUUCUUACCAGAUUUUAUAAGAUCAAAACGGAUAUUAGUAAUUCAUCCUGUUGAGAAUGCAAGAAAUUCAAUAAUUAAUCAUCUUAAAAGUAUUGAAAAUGUUGAUGUUUUUGAUACUUUUGAUAAAGCUGUUCAAAAAGCAAAAGAUUAUGUAGAGUUACAUAAAAAAUUUGCUUAUGACUUAAUAUUUAUCGGUCUUUAUGAAAAAAAUGAAGAAGAAGUCGUCAAUGCCGUAUCAGAAUUAAGAAAGAUCGAAUUAAAUUGUAAUAAUUCAUUAACUUCUUUAGUAGUAUUUAUUGUAUUUCCUAGUGAUAGAGGUAGAGCGUUGGUAGAAAAAUUAAUUAAAAAUGUUGAAGGACGAUGUGAAAUUAUAUAUACGCCAAUUACAUGGAGAAAGUUAAUUGGCCAAUUUUCAAAUAUUGAUAAUGAUCUUAACGGUAAUGGUAAAAAUAGCUGUGCAAAGAUUUUUAAUAGAAUAGAUAAUGAUUCUAUUAAUCUAAGGACCAUAAUGCAACAACUUUCAGAACUUGGUUAUUCAACAAUCUCUGCAACAAGUGUUCAAGAUGCAAUUAAUAUUAUUAAAACAGAAUUUGGAUCGUUAAAUGAUAUUUAUUCAAAGUCUCGUAAAAUCUCAAUGAUUUUAAUAGACUAUAAUUUAUCAACAAUGGCAGGUUUUGACGUUUCAAAAGCAAUUAGAUCAGUUUCAAAAAUUCCAAUCGUUGCUGUAACGGAUUUAUUUACAGAAGAAAUACGAAAUAAAUGUGUUAACUGUGGAUUAAAUGAUUGCCUCUUAAAGCCUUUAAAAGCUGAACAACUUGAAAACAUUUUAACAAAAUACGUCGUUGAAGAUUAA